AUGGUUUAUGGGCGAUGGGCCGCUUGGAAAAAAUUCCCGGGCCGCUCUGAAGGAGCCAGUCCGCCCCUGCUUGAAAUUGAAGACAUUUGUAACAAUUGUACCAAUCCUGAGAUGAGUGCAAAAGGCAAAGGUCUUUUAUACCAAAGAAAAAGAUUUGAGUUCAUUUUUGGCAUGUUUAUGAUGCAUCCAAUAUUAAAUCUUAUUUUAAAAGUUAGCUCAGUACUUCAAUCACCAAAACUAAAUCUUUUGUUGGCAAUUGAUAAUGAUGUACGGUCUUUAACAUUAAAUCUUAAAAGUAUGAGAAAUGAAAAUAUUUUUGAACAAGCAGUUGCUUUAUGUAAAAAACAUGGAAUAAUUGUUCCAGACGUUAUUCGUAGAAAAGUAUCGACUCAAAUUGAUAACAAAUCUAAAUCUCAAUUUUUUUUAAAAAAUAAAUUAGAUGAAAUGAAGAUAUCGGUUUAUUAUGAACUACUUGAUGAUUUAUUAUCGGCAAUGGAUUCAAGAUUCAAUCAAGAAACUUUAAGCUUAAUUGAAGCUAUUGCUAGUCUGCUACACAUGGAAAUAAAACCUGAAAUGAUUGAUGUUUUGGCUAAGUUCUCAAAUACAUCAAGUACAGAUCUAAAAACUGAAAUAAACCUUUUAAAACAUUUGCCAAAAUCUGAUAAACCUAAUGGUACAUCUAGUGAGUGGCACUCACUGUGA